CUCUUAUUACUGGCGUCAUCACGCGCGCAUUAGCCACAUUUUUUAGCUAGGAUAUAUAAAUGCGUAUUAUCAUAUACGAUAUAUAUAUAUUUACUAGCAAAAUGUGUUCAAACCUUUAUUAAUAUUAAAGCAAAUCAAAUUACCAAACUGAUAUCAAGUCAACCUAACGUUGCGAAUCAUACUAGCCUAUUAGUAUUAAGUUAGCAUCGUUGUACUUUUAGGUUAACACAUUUAGCUAGGACACAUUUUCGUUUCGUGUUGAAUUAAAAUUCUGUGUUGAGUCUAAGUAACUAAUACGUUUAAAGAAUCGUUACUAUCUGGCACAUUAGACUGCUAGCUAGCUCCUAUCGUCAGCUAGGCUACCUAGCGUCUCAAAUUCUAGCGUAGCUAGCUAGAUGCUAUCUUGAAUUACAGCAUUAGGCUAUAGUCCUAGCUCAUUUUGGGUCGCUUAAUUGGUCAAAAUGGAUUUAUUCGGCGAUCUUCCCGAACCAACACAAACUACAGGUGGACGUAGGGAGAAAAUCCCAGAACCAUCAGCAGUUGACCGGGGAGAGAAGAGAAAAUACGAGGUGACGGAGGAGCAGGAGGAAAAGAAAGUUUGUAAAGGCCUAGCAAGACUAAAAGGAUAUGUUGCUGCACGUCGAGGAGAGAGAGAAGAGAUGCAGGAUGCCCACGUCCUUCUACCAGACCUAAGUUCCUGCUUUCAUACACUGCCGCCCCAAGUUUCUCGCCUGUCUUAUUUUUCUGUGUUUGAUGGACACGGGGGGGCUCGUGCGUCACGCUUUGCUGCAGAGAAUCUGCAUCAUACUUUGGCCCUCAAGUUUCCCAAAGGUGAGGCGGAGAACUUGGACAAGCUGGUGAAAAAGUGUCUGCUGGACACCUUCAAACAGACAGAUGAGGAUUUCCUAAAGCAAGCCUCAAGUCAGAAGCCAGCCUGGAAAGAUGGCACCACUGCUACCUGUAUGCUGGUGGUUGACAAUUUGGUGUAUGUAGCUAACUUGGGGGAUAGCAGGGCUGUGCUGUGUCGGGUGGAGCAGGAAGGGGAGAAGGAUGUCCAGAAAUGCGUCACACUGUCGCUCAGUAAAGAACACAAUCCCACCUGUUACGAGGAGAGGAUGAGGAUACAGAAGGCCGGCGGUACUGUCAGGGAUGGUCGAGUUCUGGGUGUCCUGGAGGUAUCGCGUUCCCUGGGCGAUGGGCAGUAUAAACGCUGUGGGGUGAUAUCUACGCCUGACCUACGGCGAUGUCAGCUCACACACAAUGACAGGUUUGUCAUUCUGGCCUGCGAUGGGCUCUUCAAAGUGUUUACAGCUGAGGAAGCUGUGAGAUUUGUCCACUCUGUCUUGCAGGAUAUGACUGUCGAGGUGAAGGAAGGACAGACUGCAGAGGAGGGGCGAUUUGAAGCAGCAUGUCAGCGACUGGCCAAUGAGGCAGUGCGACGCGGUUGUGCUGAUAAUGUUACCGUCAUCGUGGUGUCCAUUCACUUCUGAAGAACUACUCCUCUUUCCACUGCUUUACCUGUCUUUGUCUGUAUGCCCACCCCUCCUUCCAUCCACUUGUUAAUAAGUCAACCCAACUGCCUGUCCACCUGUUAACAUUGUUUGCCCUGCCUAAAAUAACCAUAUGUCAACAGAAUAUGGAACUUUCUAAUUUUCUAAUACGUUCCUGAAGUCAAAUAGUAUGACUGAACAGUUUCUUCAUUGUCUCAUGUUUGAUAUGAUUUUUUGCCUCAGAAAUAAAAAAAUACUUUUCUAA